AUGGAUUUGGAAAUUAAAGGAGUUGCAUCCCCUCGAAGGCAGGCUCAGCUGUCAUCGAGGGAGAAGAAAUGUCAGGGCUGGAGACCAGAGACACGGGCUUCUCGUGGUCCUCGCCCACCAGAGGUGCCAUGCCUAGAUCUAGGAAGGCUGGGAGAUUCUGAUGAGGAGGAUGGGGUCUCUUACAUACCAUAUAGUGGAAGUUACCAUCAUACAUGCCCUCUAGAUGCAUCUUCGGAUAGGAGAGUGACAUUACAAACACCAUAUGCACAGCAUCACCAGGCUCAACAGCAUUCUGAUUUGGAGCAGAAGAUGAUACCAGAAAAUCUACCAUCCCCAGCAGACAGAUAUAAACUGAAAUAUUGUCCGUAUGCAGCAGAUGUGAAGGAAGAAUAUAAACAGUAUUCUCAGACAGUUGUGGAAAAGCAAAAAGAUCACCAUCAGUCUCCAGAAGCUUCAAUAAAGGUAGCCAGAAAAGAGGAUGCACAGCUUGGAGAUGGCCCUAAUGGUGAUCUUACAGCUCUUGAUGAGAAAGUUCUCCUUCAACAGUGCUACACAAGCAAGCCCUAUAAUAUGCAGCACAGUAUAAGGAAAUCAGAAGCUGAGGAUGUUGCAGCAGAGAGGAUAAAACAAGCUGUAGUAGAACAGGUGAUGGUGGAUCAAUUAUCUAGAGCUGUUAUAAGUGACCCAGAGCAAUCCACGUGUGCUGAUGUUUACAAGAAAGCUCAUGGACUUCUGGGACUUGGGGAAGCACCAAUGCGUUUAAGAAGAAGAACGCUGCAUGAAACAAAAAUAAGGACCAAAUCAGGAUUAACUGAAAACAUGCUCUCUAACAAGUUGCGCUUUGAUAGUAGGAUUAUAUCAAGAAAUGGUCGCGAUGCUUGUAGAGAGUUGAUGGGAUUCUUUUUUGCAUGUGACAGUUCCCUUACCGUGUAUGAAUUUCGACAGUUUGGAAAAAAUAGAAAAACUGUCUUGCCUUUCAUUCAGAAGGGAAUUUAUCAACAUCAAUGUGGACAAAGGAAGGGACAAGCUUAUGAUCUUAGUGACUUCUACGUUGGAGCUAACCUGACUUUCAGAAGCUUUGAACAUAACCUUCCAGAGAGUAUUAAGCAGAACCCAGUUCUCACUCUUCGUGUGAUAAGUAUUGAUGAAGCAGCUAUGGAUUUUCUAAAAGCUGCUUUGGAAGUCAAGCGAGAGUGUUCCAAGCAAGUGAUCAAUGAUGACAAAGUUUUCAAGAAGAUUCAAGGUAUGUUCAGAGAGACACUAAGUAAAAGAGGAGUUCGAGUUGUAACAGGCUUAGGAAAGUAUUUCCGACAAGUAGACAAGAACAAAAAUGGUUUGCUCCCUAAGGCAGCCUUUAAAGAAGCUCUAAAAGUAUUCCAUUUGGAAAUGCCAGAAGGGGACUUUGAAUCCUUAUGGCUUAUUCUUGAUGAUAACAAGAGAGAUAAGGUCGACUAUGGAGAAUUUACUCAUGCUGUAUUUGGAGAAAUGAAUGAAUAUAGGAAAGCAUUUGUAAGAAAAGCUUAUAUGAAACUAGAUUUCAACAAAACUGGGAGUGUGCCUAUGGUAGAUAUAAGAAAAUGUUACUGUGCAAAGAAACAUCCUCUAGUAGUGUCAGGCAAAGCUACAGAAGAAGAAAUAACAUCUUCAUUUUUAGAAACAUUAGGAGAGUCCUGCAGCAACCCCAAUGAAGUGUCCUAUUCUGAGUUUGAAGAUUACUAUGAAGGAUUAAGUCUUGGAAUCAUGGAAGAUGAUGAUUUUGCUAAUAUCUUAAGGAACCCUUGGGGAAUUUAGAAUGGAAGAUGACAAAAAUGAAGAAAAGACACUUUCUAAACAAGGAGUGAGUUAAAUAAGAGAGGGUACAGUUUGGAUGUGCAUUGCUUCAUAAUUAGUGUCUGAAAUGGAUCUCAGGGACUGAAAUUUUUAGAUGCUUUCAGACUAAUACAUGGUAACUUCUUAGCAUGUCUGUUGAGCUAGA